AUGCCUUCCAGCGCGUCAAAGGUCGGCCAUACUUUGGCCAAAGUGCUCGGUAUCGACGUCAACCAGAACCAAGCAAAGGACGAUGCCAUCACCAGAGGCGAAUCCACUUAUUCAGUCAACACCGCCGACACCUACGUCGAAGAGGAACCUCACACCGUCGACUGGCUAAAGGAAUUGGUACCCAGCAAGAGAGACAUCUUCCACUAUGUUCACAGCCUGUUUCCCUUCACCCACUGGAUCUUGAGAUACAAUGUUCAAUGGUUGAUCGGCGACCUGGUCGCGGGUAUCACUGUCGGUUGCGUUGUCGUGCCACAGGGUAUGGCUUAUGCCAAGUUGGCUGAGCUACCUGUGGAAUUUGGUCUAUACUCAUCCUUCAUGGGUGUUCUCAUCUAUUGGUUUUUCGCCACCUCCAAAGACAUCACCAUUGGCCCCGUUGCCGUCAUGUCAACCAUUGUGGGAAAUGUCGUCAACAAAGUCGCCGAGGAACAUCCCGAAGUUCCCGGAUACGUUGUCGCUUCGGCACUCGCCAUCAUCUGUGGUGCUAUUGUCGUCUUUAUCGGCCUCAUUCGCGCCGGAUGGAUUGUCGAUUUUAUCCCCUUGACCGCAAUUUCAGCUUUCAUGACUGGCUCAGCCAUCAGUAUUGCCUCUGGACAAGUUCCUACCAUGAUGGGCAUCAAAGUUGAAGGAUUCAACACUCGCGAUCACACUUACAAGGUUAUCAUCAAUACCUUGAAAUAUCUGGGACACACAAAGCUCGAUGCCGCCAUGGGUUUGACCGCACUCUUCCUCUUGUAUCUCAUUCGCUUCACCUGCACAUUUUUGGCCAAGAAGAAUCCCAGUAGGGCAAAGACAUUCUUCUUCAUCUCCACCCUCAGAACAGCUUUCGUUAUUCUUCUCUACACCAUGAUCAGCUGGCUUGUCAACCGGCACCAUCGCAAGAAGCCUCUUUUCGCCAUCUUGGGCAAGGUGCCUAGGGGUUUCCAACACGCACAGGUGCCAACAAUCAAUUCUGAUAUCAUCAGCUAUUUUGCCAGCGAAAUUCCUGCAUCCGUCAUUGUGUUGCUCAUUGAGCACAUCGCCAUCUCCAAGUCUUUUGGCCGAAUCAACAACUAUACUAUCAACCCUUCGCAGGAACUCGUGGCCAUCGGUGUCACCAAUCUUUUGGGCCCCUUCCUUGGAGGUUACCCAGCCACGGGUUCAUUCUCCAGAACUGCAAUCAAAUCCAAGGCAGGCGUCAGGACUCCAUUUGCUGGUGUCAUCACCGCCGUUGUCGUUCUGUUGGCCAUCUACGCCCUCCCAGCUGUCUUCUUCUACAUUCCGAGUGCCUCUUUGUCAGGUGUCAUCAUCCAUGCCGUGCUUGAUUUGAUCACCCCUCCUAGGACGGUCUAUCAAUUUUGGCGCGUCAAUCCUCUGGAGCUGAUCAUCUUCUUUGCCGGAGUCUUUGUCACCAUCUUCUCUUCUAUCGAGAAUGGCAUCUACACUACCAUUUGUAUGAGUGUGGCGAUCUAUCUCUUCCGCGUCGUCAAGGCACGAGGACAUUUCGUGGGCAAGGUCAAGAUUCACUCCGUCAUUGGUGAUCAUUUGUUGGAGGACAAAUUCCACGACGGACGCCGAUCACAAGACGAACGUGAUGAGCGCAAUAUUUUCCUGCCAUUGGACCACAAUGAUGGCUCCAACCCAGACAUCAACAUCGAGUCGCCCUACCCCGGAAUCUUCAUCUAUCGAUUUGCCGAGGGCUUCAACUAUCCCAAUGCCAACCAUUAUACGGAUUAUCUGGUGGAAUACAUCUUCAAGCACACCCGUCGAACCAACCCCGAUUCCUGGCCUCGCCCAGGUGACAGGCCCUGGAACAACCCGGGACCUCGACGAGGUCAGAUCGAACGCACCAACGAUCACCUCCCGACACUGAAGGCCAUCAUCCUCGAUUUCUCCAGCGUCAACAACGUCGACGUGACCAGCGUGCAGACCCUGAUCGAUGUCCGCAACCAACUCGACCGCUACACGACACCCGACGUCGUGCAAUGGCACAUCGCCGCGGUCAACAACCGCUGGACGAAACGCGCCCUGGCGUCCGCGGGCUUCGGAUACCCCACGCUACCUACGGAAGAAUACAGCCGCUGGAAACCCAUCUUCAACAUCACCGAGAUCGGCGGCGAAAGCUCCGCCGCCGCGGUCGCCCAACGCGAAACCAACCGUCGCUUGUCGCACGCGCGCGACGAAGAAAUCGGCCGCCCCACGAGCAAAGGCGACCAAUCCAUCUCGGCGGCGGCGGCCCACAAGCUCCGCGACGACAGCAGCUCCAGCAGCAACCAGGAACUCCAGCGCGAACUCACCAACAGCAAGGCGUACCACCGCUCCACGGCCAGGAAAAUCGCCGUCGUGCAUGGCCUCAACCGUCCUCUGUUCCACAUCGAUCUGACGAGCGCAUUGGAAUCCGCCAUCACUAACGUCCAGGCCCAGGACCUGCUUCGCGCCGACCAGCAUGUCACGCCCAAGGGUCAGGACUUCGCCACGGAGAUCCCUAUCGAGAAGUGA